AUGAAAGCUGCCUUGAUGCACGGGUUGCUGAUAGCAGCGUUCGUAUGCAUGCAGUUGUCCCAAUACGAAUCAGCAAUGACACAUGACGACGCCUUUUAUGAGAGAGUUUUGGGAAGAGACCCCGGUAUAUGCGGUGGUUGGUAUAGAGACCGUAGCAAAACGGAAGACAUUAUGAAAUGCGUUUUGAAUGAGGUACCACACGCUGUAAAAAAACAAUGGGAAGACUAUAUGGACAAAAAUUCCCUAAACGUAACCGAACUCGCUAGCGAAAUCUGCAACCUUACAACAAUAAUGCCUAGCAGCUUCGUUUGGUAUGGGGACGGCGUAUCGACGAAAGAAUACAAUGACCUAGCCGAGAAGGCUGGUAUUGAGUGCACAGCAAAAAUAACCGGCUGGAGCAGCGAAUCCCGCCUUGUGGCUGCACCUUCCCAGGUGUGA